AUGGGCCAGGGCGACGGCACGGGCGCCGCGCCCGGGGAGCAGCGGCGACCCCACGAGCCGCCGCUGGCCCCCGGCUCGUGGCAGACGUUCCUGGUGGACGGCGCGCGCGGCAGGGCGCUGGAGGCGCAGCUGCUGGCGGCGGGGGGCCAGGGGAAGGGGGAGGCGUGCGUGGAGGGCGCGGAGGACGCGGGCGCGCCUGGGCAGGAGCUGGCGGAUGCCGGCCACGGCCCCGUGCUGCAGACCUACUACGACAGCGCCGCGUGGAACCUGACCAGACGUGGCUGGUGGCUGCUGGAGAGCCAGGGUGCCUGGACGCUGCACGUGCCCCAGUUCGCCCCCGACGGCGACGGGGGCCACCGGCUGCAGGGCUACGAGCAGGUGCGCGAGGAUGCAGAGAUCCUGGACAAGAUGGGGCUGACGGAGCACGCUAAGGCGCUGCGCGAGGGAUGGGGCGGCAGCGCCACCAUGACGGUGCUGCUCUCCCAGGCCAGCGUGGUGCCUUUCGCGCAGCUGCUGGUGGAGCACGUCACGUGCAGGGCUCGCCUCGGCCCAGGCGUGCGCGGCGCCGUCGAUGCCGGAGGGGGGCGGGUCCGAGGUGCCACAUGA